CGAGAUGCAACCGCGCGUUCUCCGCUCCCGCCCCGCUGACCCCGCCACCCUGGCACGGUUUUCUAUUCGCCCGGGUCGCGGGUGGGAGGCGAGGAACGGCGGGGUUCAGGAGCCUGGCUCCCCGCCAGGGCUGUGGCCUUCGGCCCAGGGGCCACCAGGCGGCCGCGCCUGCGAGGCGGACGGGGAGGACGCCGGCCCCGGCGCAGCUCGGCCAUGGGCUCCCGCAGCUCCCACGCCGCCAGGAUCCCCGACGUGGACAGCAUCCGGCGGGAGACCGGCUUCUCGCAGGCCAGUCUGCUCCGCCUCUACCACCGGUUCCGAGCGCUUGACUGGAAUGAGAAGGGCUACCUCAGCCGCGUGGAUCUGCAGCAGAUCGGGGCGCUGGCCGUGAACCCCCUGGGAGACCGCAUUAUAGACAGCUUCUUCCCUGACGGGAGCCUGCACCUAGACUUCCCAGGCUUUGUCCGAGUCCUGGCUCGCUUUCGACCUGUAGAUGAUGAGGACAACGGAAACCGGGACCCCAAGGAACCCGAGCCCCUCAACAGCAGAAUGAACAAACUUCGCUUUGCAUUCCAGCUCUACGACCUGGAUCGAGAUGGAAAGAUCUCCAGGCAAGAGAUGCUGCAGGUACUCCGGCUGAUGGUUGGGGUACAGGUGACAGAAGAGCAGCUGGAGAGCAUUGCCGACCGCACAGUGCAGGAAGCCGACGAAGAUGGAGAUGGUGCUGUGUCCUUUCUGGAGUUUGCCAAGUCCUUAGAGAAGAUGAACAUCGAGCAGAAAAUGAGCAUCCGGAUCCUGAAGUGACCCCCUUUGUGCCUUUGGGUAGCUUACAUGGACCAGUUCUGCUUGGGAUUCCUCCUCAUGGAGGCCCAGCCCCAGUGAACUGUAUUCUUACUUGUACACUGAGCUCUAACUAGGGCCAAGGAGAAAAGCUUGGAGGGGUGUUUACCAACUCAUUUGAUCUCAGAUCUGUGAAUCAGCCAGAAAAUUUUUGGUUGCAAGUGACUGAAAACCCAAAUCAAAGGGAUUUCAGUUAAAAAAUAAUUUUAUGGGCUCAUGUAUUGAAAAAGUGUGGAAGUAUCCGGAAAACUGGGAAAGUCUGGAAGUGUCUCAAGCACAGCUGAAUCCAAGGACCGAAAUGAUGCUAUCAGGACUGUUAUUCUCUGUUUCUCGUCUCAGCUUUCUUUUGUGUUGUGUUCGUUCUCAGGUGGGCUCUUUCCUUGUAGUGGAGGAUGGCCACCAGCAGCUCCAGGCUUCCAUCCUACUAGCCUAGUAAUGCAGAGGGAAGAGAGUUUCUUGUUCAAUAAUUCCAAGCAAAGAGUCUCAUUAGCCCCCCCUGGAACCUUGUCCUUUCUCCAGGGGAAUGGAACUUUCUAUUUGGCCAGGACUGUGUCAUGUGCUAAAUGCCAGAGCCAGGAAAUAAGGCCUGAGGAGGACUCAAGAUGGGGUAAGGGAUGGUUGCUUAAAGGAAAAUGCAGGGCUAUUAUCAGAAGGGGAAAUGAUGCUGGUCAGGCAAAAUAAGAGAUAUCCAUUAGUGUUAGGUUGACCAAAUGGAGGGAUCCUUGAAGUCUGGCUUCUUAAGUGGGUUUUCACUGAUGAAGGUGGGUAG